AUGCAGUCGCUUCCUGAUGCGCGCUCCCAGUCGUUCGAGGAGCUCUACGGGCCCCCCGAGAACUUUCUUGAAAUCGAGAGAUCAAUAGGCGUCGGCCGCGGCAUGUACACCACCUACGAGAUCGUAAUGCGCACCAACAUCCCCGCAUUCAAGCUCAAGUCCUCGUCCGUCCGGCGGCGCUAUAACGAGUUCGAAGCCUUCCGCGACAUCCUCGAGCGCGAAUCUGCGCGCGUCACAAUCCCUCCGCUGCCUGGAAAGGUGCUGACGAAUCGCUUCUCCGACGAUGUUAUUGAGCAUAGAAGAGAGGGGCUGCAGCGCUUCCUGCAGAUUGUUGUCGGGCAUCCGCUGUUGCAGACAGGGAGUAAGGUGUUGGCGGCUUUUGUGCAGGAUCCGAAUUGGGACAGACAUGCUUGGUGAGGAAGACGGGGGAGUAGUAUCUCGCCCACGUUUUCUCUACGCACGCGACGGAACGGGGAUUCGGAUGCUGGAUGAUUAUGGCAGACGAAAGGUAUGAAAAUCCCUAGGGCGCGGCAUUUUCUGCGGUAUGGAGCGUUCGAGGCGUUAUUGUUGGUUUUAGUAUUCUAGUCCACGUGCCCUUCACAGCGGGAGAAAUGAAUAUCACGUCUGAGCACUUCAGAAGCAUUAUACCGCUCUCUCG